AUGAGCGACGACUUGCCCCGUAUCCCCGACUACACGCUUCUGGAGAAGGAGUUCCUUCUUGCCACCUCGAACGACACCAGCAAAAACGCCGAGUUGGCUAAGGAGCUUGUGGCUCAAUGCAAAGAACAAAACUUGACUCCUUACUACCACUACCUCGUCGAUAAAUAUAAGGUGUCGACGUUAUCCCAUGACGAAUUGAGACAAAUGGAAGUGAAGAACGAUGAGAAGAUCUCUGAACUCGAACAACAGCUCAAGGAUGCUGAGGAACAGGACGAAACCGAGAUCGACGUGUUCGGCACCCUCAUCAAGUUGGGCGACUAUUACACCGAGAUCUUGGCCCGGGAGAAGGCGUUGGAAACAUACAAGAAGGCCAUCGACAUGGGCCAGGACCUGGGGAAGAAGAUCGACAUCUUGUUGCUGGUUGUGCGCCUUGAAUUCUUCUUCAACGACUACCGCCUGGUGCAAAAGUACUUGGACCAAGUGAAGGUGCUCAUCGACAAGGGUGGUGACUGGGAACGUCGUAACCGGUUUAAGACUUACAACGGAAUCUACCUUAUGGCCACGCGCCAAUUCAGCGAGGCGGCGACCCUCCUUAUCGACUCGUUGGCCACAUUCACGCUGACGGAAAUCUGCUCCUACGAACAAGUGGCGCAAUACGCCACCAUCUGCGGGGUGCUUGUGCUUGAUCGUGUCGACUUAAAGCAAAAGAUUAUCGACCUGCCGGAGAUCCUCUCCAUCUACUCGCAACUGCCCGACAUGUUGCAACUGUUGGUUGACUUGACCACCAACUUAUACCUUUGCCAGUACAAGUACUUUUUCUCCGACAUCACCCGGGUGUACGACCAGUUCUUGCUUCCCAACAAGUACCUUCAUCAACACGCUAACUUCCUUUUGAGAGAGUUACGUUGUAAGGCCUACAAGCAGUUAUUGGAACUGUACAAGCUGUUGUCGCUCAAGUCAAUGGCGCUGAACUUCAACGUUUCUGAAGAAUUCUUGGACCAGGACUUGUGCCGGUUCAUCCCCAAUAAGAAGCUCAAUUGCACCAUUGACAAAGUCAACGGUAUCAUUGAGACUAACCGUCCCGACCUGAAAAACCAUCAAUACGCCCAAUUAAUCAAGCAAGGUGACGGGUUGUUGACCAAAUUGCAAAAGUACGGGGCGGCGGUGAAGCUCCUGGGAGCGGAGCGGGUGGCGUAA